AUGGCCGUCGGCGCGCUUCGCUCGCGGGAGUAUCGCGCUCUCUUUGAUCUCAUCGACAAAUUGCGCCACCAAGGAAUCUCCAAGUAUGUCGACCUACCUGAAAUCAUUGUAUGCGGCGACCAGUCUUCUGGAAAAAGCUCUGUUCUGGAAGCCAUCUCUGGUCUGUCCUUUCCCACGAAAGACAACCUAUGCACCCGCUUCGCUACUGAAGUAGUCUUGCGCCAUACCACUGGCACUACAUCGUGUGUAGCAUCUAUCCCUCCGGAUCCCAAGCGAAACGAGCUCGAAAAGGACACACUGGCCCUCUUUUCCCCCAAGAUCGAUCUAGAGACGCUGGAACUGAGCAGUGUCGUUGAGGAGGCUAAGACGUGGAUGGGGAUCUCCGACACCAACGCUUUCAGUAACGACAUUCUCAGAGUCGAGCUCUGUUCCUCUGACCAGCCUCACCUGACGAUAGUUGAUCUGCCCGGCCUGUUCUCGGGUAUUGAUAACAAUCAGUCCGAGUCCGAUGGAGACCAGGUGGUCUCUAUGGUGCGAUCACACAUGAGCCGCCCUCGAAGCAUCAUCCUUGCGGUCAUCUCGGCCAAGUCAGACAUUGCUGUCCAGUCAGUCACCAAGAUGUUGUCGGAAAUUGAUCCCAAAGGAAGGCGCACAAUGGGCCUGAUCACCAAGCCCGACACACUCUAUGCAGGCUCAGAAAGUGAGAGCAAUUUCGUGGAGCUCGCUCACAAUAAGAAGAAGGUUUGUCGCUUGGGAUGGCACGUCCUGCGCAACCGGGACUAUCCAGAGCGUGACUUUACCGGUCAGCAGCGCGACGAGGCGGAACACAAGUUCUUCUCCAAUGGACCGUGGUCUACGUUGAGUCCUCAUCAGCUUGGUAUCAAUGAGCUGAGGCCGCGCUUGUCGUCAAUCCUGCGGAAGCAAAUUUCGGCUGUGCUUCCAGAUCUUAUGGCUGAUGUGACAGCCGGCAUCCAAGACUGCGAGAAGCAGCUGUCGCUUCUGGGAACUUCGCGGAGCACCGCCUCGUUGCGCCGGAAGUAUCUCAGUCGCGUGAGUCACGACUAUACUCGACUGACUGAAGCCGCCACCUCGGGCCACUACAGGGAUCCUUUCUUUGGCGAUGCUAUGACCGAGUCUGGAGCUGCUAGACGACUUCGCGCCACGGUUGAGAGACACUACCGGGACUUUGAGGCGCGCAUGUUGAAGCAUGGUAAGACAUGUCAGAUCCUGGAGGAUGGGACGGAGAUGCCGGAGAAACCCGGGAACCACAACUAUGUCUAUCGCAGUGACUAUGCGGAGAAAGUCAAGGAGCUGAUGCGGCGGGAUAAAGGCCGCGAGGUAAGCGGCACUUUCAACCCCCUUAUCAUCGGGGACCUCUUUCUAGAGCAGUGCAAACCAUGGCAAGGCUUGGCUAGCCAUCUCCAAGCUCGUGUCUCCGCCGAUGCGCGUUCUCUGAUCAAAUACAUUCUCUCAGAGACGACAGCCCCCGAGGCACGGGAUGCAAUCAGAGGUGUCAUUGAUGAGAGGAUGGACAAGAUCACCGACCUCAUGGCUGAAAAAGCACGAGAAAUACUCAGGCCACACAUCAAUGGUAUACCCCAGACGUAUAACCACUACCUCACCGAUACCGUGCAGAAAGUACAGCAGGAACGCCGUGAUGCCAAGUUGAAAGAGCACAUGGACUGCUUUGCAGGAAAUCGCAUGGGUGGAUACAGUGUGACGCCGGAUCAGUUGCGGGCUCUCUUGCAAGAUCAAAUUGAACCCAACAUGGAGAAUAACGCUAGCUUCAUGGCCAUCGAUUUCUCUGAAGCGUACUUCAAGCUCGCUGCCAAAAUCUUCAUCGACAACAUGGCACAGCUCGUUAUCGAGCCGCAACUCAUGGAAAAGUUGCCAAGCCUUCUCGGUCGGGAUGCCGUGGACGGUUUUUCCGACGAAUACAUCGAGAAACUCGUCAGCGAGAGUGAGGAUUCUGGACAGAAGCGUCAAGCCAGCCAGUCGAAGCUGCACAUUCUCACCGGGUGCCUUGGCGACAUCAAAAGUCUACAGAACCACGGUUACACCGCAGAACUUUCCGAGGAGUUGACCCCAAAGCCAGGGACCAAUGCAGACAGCGAACACACGCAAAUCGAAAUGGAAACCCCGGACUCGCUCACGCCAGAACUGGAGCCCGAGACACCUGAAACAGCACAAAUCAGUAAGAAGACAAAGAAGACGAAGAAGAAGAAGUCUGCUGUUCAUUUGCCUGGGGAAGAAGAUCCUCCAAAAGACGGCAGCUGGGCGGUUGAAGAUUGUGAAAACAUGCCGGAAUGGCAGAUCAGGAACUAUCAAUGGCAUUGA